GCAGUCAAUUCACUUUCAAUCCUCAAUUCAAUCCUAAUAUUAUUUCUCCAUAGUUGCUCAUAAGGACUAAUGGAUCCAUGUCCUUUCGUUCGAAUAGUUAUCGGGAACUUAUCCGUGAAGGUCCCUGCUAAGCAUAAACUGCAGUCAAGUUCGAUUCUUGAUUUUAAGUUUAAGCUUAAAGGUUUCUCCACGCAAGUGUCAACCAUCCCAGCUUUUCUUCAACAAAAACAACAAGAACCAAUCUUGGAUAACAAAGUCCACGCUUGUUUCAGUUUGAACAAAACACAACUCGACAAACUUGUCAAAAAGUCAAGAAGUUUAAAGAUUGAAAUUCGGGCACGUAAGAAGUUGUUAGGGAGUGUAUUGGUGCCAUUGGAAUUAAAGGGGCUGGAGAGUAAUGGUAAUAAAGGAGUUGUGAUUACAAAUGGAUGGGUUUUGGUUGGUGGUUCUAGUUCAGCACAGUUGCAUAUGAAUGUGAAAGUUGAGCAUGACCCAAGAUUUGUUUUCCAGUUUGAUGGUGAACCUGAGUGUAGUCCCCAAGUUUUUCAAGUCAAUGGCAAUGUUAAACAACCUGUUUUUACUUGCAAGUUCAGUUUCAGGAACUCUAGUGACAGGAAUUCGAGAUCCAGAUCUUCAAUAUCAGAACGAAGCACAUCAACAAGCUGCUUUAAUUGUUGCACAGCUGAUAAAGAGUCGUCGCCAAAAGAGCGAAAAGGAUGGUCAAUCACAAUCCAUGAUCUCUCUGGCUCACCAAUUGCUGCAGCAUCUAUGUUAACCCCAUUUGUCCCAUCACAAGGUUCAAAUCGGGUCAGCAGAUCGAACCCCGGAGCCUGGCUCAUCCUCCGUCCAGGCCACGGUACAUGGAAGCCGUGGGGACGCUUAGAAGCAUGGCUAGAGAGCGGUGGUGAACUCGGUUAUCGCUUUGAAAUAAUCCCUGAUGGUGCCAAUGAUGCUAUCACAUUGGCUAGCUCAACUAUCAAUGCCAAGAAUGGUGGGAAGUUCAGCAUAGAUAUAAGCAAUGGUGCUGCUACCCCAAUGACUAGUCCAAACAGCAGCUUUGAUUUAUGCUCGGGUUCCGGGUCCGGGUCGGAUUUCGGGUCAGCACCCGGAUCAGGAUCUUGGGGACAGCUAUUGUACCGUGGAUUUGUGAUGUCGUCCACAGUGGAGGGUUACGGAAAAUGUAGCAAACCGGAGGUGGUUGUCGGGGUGCAGCACGUGAACUGCUCCGAGGAUGCUGCAGCUUUCGUGGCAUUGGCAGCUGCAAUGGAUCUUAGUAUCGAUGCUUGUCGGUCUUUUUCUCAAAAGCUCCGAAAAGAGUUGAGGCGGUCGGAUCAAGAAUGAACGAUAACCGGGUCGGGCUACCCUUUUUUCGGGGAUGUGGAUAUGGACUUGCAUUGAAAUUUUGCUAACUGACAGCAGUUUUUAGCUGUUUAUUUUGUUUCUAUGUUUUCCCUUCUAGAUAGAGUGUACAGUGAUUAGCAAUCUGUCCUGUUUUUUGCUUUUAUUUUUUGUUUGCCUCGAUUGGAAGUAUUAUUUAUUACUGUAGGUGAUUUUGUAAAAGUAAUGCAUUUUUGACAUAGCGUUGGAGUUUUUAUUAAGGAAUGAAAUUUGGGAUUGGGAA